AGCCUCACGGCCCCGCCGCGGCCUGGAGAGCCGCCGGCUGGGCCUGGCCCGGCGUGACCCCGUGGGGCGGGGGAGCCGCCGCCGCCGCCACCCCCUGAGGGUUGAGCCGAGAGCUGGGGAGUUCAAGGGCAGGGGGAGCGGCUGCCCGGGGCCGCGGGGGUGAAAGGCAGCGCUGGCACCCGGGACGGGGCUCAGCCGCCCGUCCUGGGGGGCUGGAGCCGUCUGCUCGCCCAGGGAGGCUCUUGCCAGGAGCUGACCGGACAGCUUGGGCGAACAGAUCUGCCGAGGAUGCAAUGUCCAUAAUUCUCUGUGGAAAAGUCUUUUCACACUCUGAUGCCCUGUGUGUGCUGGUUCUUCUGUGACCUUGACAGGCCUGGCGGUGACAGCUAAAACCCUCCUUUACUUUGUCAACACUGAGAUUCACUCCUAUAUUAUAAAACAAGUCUGGGAGUUGUCACUAUCUUCCACGCCACUGCAUCUGAUCUCUCCUGACAAAGGGGCAUGAGAUGGUUGUAUUCAUCUCAUGAAUACCCUGUUAGAGGUUUUUCAGCAGACACAGUCUGGGCUGUUUGCUUCUAUUCACCACACGUUUUUACAAAUCCAGGAUUUUCGUGCCAGCUGACAGUAGGCCAGAAAUGAUAAUUCACAGUUUCUGAGUUGCACUGCAACAAUGUCUUGAGGGGAAGCACCAGAAUGAAAGACAUGGACAAUAUCAAAACUGUAAAGAAAGAAUGGGUGUGUAAAUCAGGAAAUGAUGAUCAGAUUUUGAAUGGUACAGAACAAAACUGUGACUACUUUGUAGAUAACCUUUUUGAAGAAGCUCAGAAGGUUGGUGCUAUGUGUGUGCCCCCAACUACAGUCAAGAACCAGGUUGAUGUAAUCAUUAAACUUUGGAAAAAUGGGUUUACGGUAAAUGACGGCGAACUUCGGAGCUACGCUGAUGUUGCAAACCAGCAGUUCUUGGAGUCCAUUAAAAAGGGGGAACUGCCUUUUGAGCUGCAAAAGGUUUUUGAUAAGGAGGAGGUAGAAGUGAAAGUGGAAGAUAAAAAGGAUAAGGUGUGUUUGUCAUCGAAAAAGCCAAUGUUUCAUCCCUUUUCUGGACAUGGUUACAGAUUAGGAAGUGCUACUCCAAAGAUAAUCUCUAAAGUGAGAGAUGAUCAUCCAGGACCUAAUAACAAAAGACACCUGCCUUUAGUACCCUUGAAUGAUUUGGAGCCUAUCACCAAUGUCCAGAUCUGGUUAGCUGAUGGGGAAAGGAUAAUUCAGAAAUUCAAUGUUUCGCACAGAAUCAGCCAUGUCAGAGACUUCAUAACAAAGUAUCAAGGAUCUGAGGGAAGUGUUCCCUUCACGCUGACCACCUCCCUGCCUUUUCGAGAGCUGCAGGACGAGACACUCACACUUGAGGAAGCCAAGUUGCAAAAUGCUGUUGUUGUUCAGAGACUUCGGAAAACAACUGAACCUUUCAGACUCUUAGUGAUAAAAGCACCUGACAAUGACUACAAAAGUGCUGCUACACCUAAUGGACAACUCAAGAAUGAGCAAAAGAAUGCUAUCAAUAGUACAAGAUCAAAUUAGCUUUUAAUUGACCAAAAAUUAUCUGCAGGGUGAACUAGGCAAAACCAAAAAUGUAACCAGCAAUAUGUGGAUGCCCUCACAUCCUCAUGCACUCUGCUCUUUGAGAGCAGAGUGGGUGCUGUGCUGUCGUCUGCUAUAAUAGAGGAAUUUUCAGCUAAAUUGGGUGGUCAGAGCCUGGCUGUAUAAUGUAGCAGAGGUAACUGUACAGCAUAUUAUCCUUAGAAUUUCCUUAGGUAAAAAGCUUCUUAGUAUUUAAUAAGUGGGUCUAGGUGGAACAGUUCUCUGAGACUUAACUACUGAUAGCACCUUUUAAGGAAAAAUAGUAUUUAUUUUUGCACUUUGGACUAAAGUGAAACAUUUCACUUACAUUGUGGUGUAAACUGUUGCAGUUUGCAUUCUUUGCACAGUAACUCUUUGACAACCAAUACUGCAGGCAAGCUCACAUUUGAGCUCUACCUUGAAAAUCUUCAGGAUGUAACUUUUAUCACAAGAUCUGCAGUGUAAUAAUGUUCUGUCAAGUCUUCACAUGGUGGUGGGUGCAUGUGUGAGAAGAUACAAAUGAGAUAGUUUGGUGCAUACUGCAUAUGAAGUGCCUCAAAGUAAGCUCUGAAGGAAUUGUUCUGAUGAAUGGUUGAAGUGGUUUCUGCUGCUUUUGGACUGCUAUGGGUGUCUUGCAGAUCAGGUGAUGUUAAACUACCUAGCUCAUUAGCAUAGGGACCCACUUGUAGCUUUGUCACACAGAAACUUCAGCUUUUUUGGCUACUACUCCAAGCAGGAGUAGUAGUUUAGAGGGACACAGUUGUUUUUGUACUGUUUAUCUGCCUCUGUCCUGAACUGCCCAGCUGAUGAAGACACUAAUUGCAUGUGGUCAAGUUUCAAAGAUGUUGAAAAUCCUUACUUGAAAACUGACAUUUUUCUCUCCACUUUGCCCCAUUUUCCAUCCAAAUCUUUUAUUUUGCUGUUCAUGUACUUGAGGCAUAAAAUUUGUAGCCAACUAUUCCAUGUUUUGCUAAAAGAGAAAACAACAGAAAGACUUAA